CUGAAGCCUGUGAGGGGAGGGGAGAGGGGGUCUGGGAAGAACUGGUCACACCCUUGUCACCGCACUCGGGGCCCCUGCCUCCGCCCUCCCCCCUCAGAGGCCCCGCACUAUUUUGGGUGGUGUCGACCCCGCCUCCGCCUCUGAGUGUGUCCUAGCUCUCUGGGCAGCUGGAGGGGUCGCGCUGCGAUUGUUGGGGCUGCACCUCGGACCAGGGUGACUGCAGCCAUGUCUGGCCGCUCGGUGCCACAUGCCCACCCGGCCACCACUGAGUACGAAUUUGCCAACCCGAGCCGCCUGGGUGAGCAGCGCUUCGGAGAAGGCCUCCUGCCAGAAGAGAUUCUGACCCCCACCCUCUACCAUGGCUACUAUGUCCGGCCUCGGGCUGCCCAAGCUGGGGAAGGCAGCAGGGCAGGGGCAUCGGAGCUUAGGCUCAGUGAGGGCAAGUUCCAGGCAUUUCUGGAUGUGAGCCACUUUACCCCGGAUGAGGUGACUGUGAGGACUGUGGACAACCUGCUGGAGGUGUCUGCUCGGCAUCCCCAGCGCCUCGACCGCCAUGGCUUCGUGUCCCGAGAGUUCUGCCGCACCUAUGUCCUGCCUGCUGAUGUCGAUCCCUGGAGGGUUCGAGCGGCCCUUUCCCAUGAUGGCAUUCUGAACCUGGAGGCCCCUCGGGGUGGCCGACAUUUGGACACAGAAGUCAAUGAGGUCUACAUCUCCCUGCUCCCUGCGCCUCCUGACCCAGAGGAAGAGGAGGAGGAAGAGGCAGCCAGAGUUGAACCUUGACUGCCAAAGAACCAGCACCCAGCAAAUCCCUUUCAGCCUCCCUUGGUGAUUCGAGCAGUUGCUCACCACCCCAGAGGUGGCAGCAUCCUUGGGGGAUGGGAAAUGCUCCAGGUCCACAAUGUAUGGUUUGGUCCCCUGGGACAUGUUAUAGCCUUUGGUUUAGUUCUGGGCAGAGCUGAAUAAACCCAAAUCUCAGGGCCUUGUUUGUG